UUUAUAUGCAUAAAUACAUACAUAAAUACAUACAUACAUACAUAUACAUGUAUACAUAACAUAUUAGAAAAGCGUGAAAGUCGCAAUAGAUCAAUUAAAAAUUGGCAUCGUUUAACCCACGCGCUACGGCGGUCACCCACAGGGCACAACCUAUCUCAGACGGAUGGGAAUAGCACGGAAGGUGAAUCAACCAGUGGUGGACGUAACCCAGCUACAACUGGCACUGGAUGUUAUAAAAACUAUGAUCAUGUAGCCAAUAUGAGGAACUCAAAUAUGUCACAUCAUCGCACGUCAGUACCUGAUCCAGAUGCAGUACCGCCCUAUUCAGUGGAUAAUCAAGCGAAUGCACGACAAACUUCUAUGAUGGCCAUGGAAAGUUAUAAACGUGAGCAACAAGCAUUACUGUGGCAACAACAGCAACAGCAGCAGCAGCAGCAACAACAACAACAACAAACUCAAACUAUUGGAAAUAACAUUUCCACAUCAGCUGGCGCUAUAUUAACCGACGAUGGAUUACAGACGAGCGAUGCGGUCGCAACAGUACCAACCUCAAUGCCUGUACAAAUGAUGAUUACACCAGGGGGUAAUAACAAAUCUUGCUGCAAAGAUUAA